AUGGGAAAAGGGAGAGCAGCAUGCUGUGAUAAGAGUAAGGUGAAGAAGGGAGCAUGGAGUUGUGAAGAAGAUCUCCGUCUCAUAACUUUCAUUCAGAAGCAUGGUCACCAAAAUUGGCGAUCCCUCCCUAAACAAGCUGGAUUACUGAGGUGCGGAAAGAGUUGUCGUUUGAGGUGGAUUAAUUACUUAAGACCUGACCUCAAGCGAGGAAAUUUCACCCCUCAAGAAGAGGACACUAUCAUCAAAUUGCACCAAUCUUUUGGAAACAAGUGGUCAAAAAUUGCUUCUCAUUUGCCUGGAAGAACAGAUAACGAGAUUAAAAAUGUAUGGAAUACACAUUUGAAGAAACGACAACUCAUACACAGUGAAGCAAAGUUAGAUGAUUCAUCAUGUGCCUAUAAUUCACCUUCAUCAACUUCAGUAUUGUCACAUGCCAAUACGAUAAUUCAUGAGAAAGAAGAAGCAAAAAGAUCUUGCUCUUCCUCCUAUAAUAUUAAUGCUUCUUCAUCUAGUCUCUCCAACUUGAGCCAAGUUGAGAUCAUUUCAAGUCCAAAUAUUGUAGAUAUGGAUUGGAUAUUCCAAUUCAAUGAGGAGCCUAAUAAUUAUCUUGAGUUGACAAGGGUGCUGCAAGAUGAUGGGAUAAUUGAAAUCCCAUUGGAAUCAUGUGAUCAUGUUGAUAUUUGGGACAUGUUAGAUAUUAUGGACCCUCCACUCCAAACUGGACAAUGGACAUGA